CAGGUCAAGUGUUACCUGAAUGGCGCCAAGGUGUCCCGCGUGGUGAGGAUCAAGACCCUGAUGAGCAAGGCCGUGGGGGUGACCUUCUCUGUGCUGGGAGGCCGGGCCGUGGGGAAGGUCAGGUCGUGGGCAAGGUCUGUGGCCGUGAGCUGACCACCAAGAUGCUGCUGCCCACGGUGCCGGCCAUGGCCAAGGGCAGGGUGGCCAGGACUACAGAUGAUGGGCCACUCCUAGACAAAGAGGACCUGGACACACUGUUCUGCGGCACCAGCAGCAGCAGCCUGCACAUCCAUGGCCUGCAGGAGGAGGACGAGGGGACGUACAGGUGCCGGGCGGAGAACAGGGACCUGGACACACUGUUCUGCGGCACCAGCAGCAGCAGCCUGCACAUCCAUGGCCUGCAGGAGGAGGACGAGGGGACGUACAGGUGCCGGGCGGAGAACAGGGAGGACUCGCUCGACGCCGUGGCCCACAUACAGGUCCAAGUUGCUCCGAGGUUUCUGAGGCAGCCGGCCAACGCUCUCGCCUAUGAGAAGGAGAACGUGGAGCUGGAGUGCAGCGUGUACAGCCAGCCAGAGCCCUCGCUCCACUGGCUCAAGAACGGCGAGCUGCUGGUGGAGACGGAAUACCUUCAGAGUGUGAGCGGCAACAACCUGUAGAUCCUUGGCCUGGUGCGCCAGGAGGACUCCGGGAUGUACCAGUGUGUGGCGCACAGCUCGCCGGGGACGCCCAGCUGUGUGUCCUUGAGUCAAGUAAGCAGCGGUGCCGUGCGGGACAGACACUGUUCACACUGUAGCCCUUUGUUUGCAUUCAUGAGUACUGAUGUAGUGUUGUCUGCAUUGGACACAGGCAGUGACUAGUCCAGAUAAUUCCAGGUUGCUAAUAAGCCCAGACGCAAACAUUUACAAGGUUACUGAAUGUAUUCCAAUGUUUCUGGCGGGCAGCUGCAGCCGCUGGUACAGACGCUGCAGUUUUAAAAAGUGUACAUUACCCAAGUUAUUGAUGUUGAUGCAUGUGAUUUUCUUAGCAUGGCUGUAAGCAUAACCCUUUGUUGUGUUUAUUAUUCCUUGAAGACUGAAUAAAAUGCAUAGAUUACACUGUGGGCAAAGCACACGUCUCCAGUAAUGUGUUCAUAUUUGAUUGUCCUGAAGUUUGGAGAUAUCAAAGCCGGUGCUGAGAGUUACUGACUCACUAAAAUGUGAUUUACCCGAGAAUGACUAUUUUGUUGUGGUAUUUUGAUAAUAAGUUGUCUGGGCUCACCUCCA